GAAAGGGCAGCGGAGUAUAAAUAGAGCUGGCGCGUGCCGGGAGCCAGAGCAGCACUGUGUCGCUUGAGGUGUGUGACGCUCUUCACCGGGGCAGGUGGAGCAGUGCAUACUCUCCUCUGGGCAGCUUCCGAUAGCUGCAGCUGAGUGACAAGCUGUAACACUGAACGCUACAACGUAUUCACAUCCACCACCACCUGUCUUUGGGUUUUAAUUUGACAUUGUGUUAAGUUCAAGUUUGUGAAUGUUCCAACAUUACAACCUACAAGGAAACUAAAAGAGAAAGAUAAAGACUAGCUACAGUCCCGCACACCUGUAUCACCUGACCACACCACCGCCACUACCACCACCACGACCUCCCCGAGUUUCCCAGGCCUAGCUGACGACGUGGAACAAUUGCAGCGCUGAUGGUUGUGUCUCAAGUCAAGAUGAGGUACGAAGACCCCUUUGACGUGGACGCCUUCAUCAACAGUCUACUUUUUCUCAAGAAGUACCCCGGCAAAAAUAUACGAAUGGAAGAGUCCAAGAUCCGCGCGUUGGUGGCAGCGGCACGCCAGGUCCUCCUGGAGCAGCCCACCCUCGUCGAGCUGGAGGCACCAGUCAACAUUAUCGGGGACAUUCACGGACAGUUUAACGAUCUACUGCGGCACUUCGACAAGCUUGGCUAUCCGCCGGACCAAAACUACCUCUUUCUUGGCGACUAUGUUGACCGAGGCAAGCAGUCCCUGGAGACCAUUUGCCUGGUUCUCGCCUACAAAGUGAAGUACCCAAAUAACUUCUUCCUACUCAGAGGCAACCACGAGUGUGCGUCCAUCAAUAGAAUAUAUGGGUUUUAUGACGAGUGCAAGAGGAGAUACAACGUUAAGCUGUGGAAGACUUUCACAGACCUCUUCAACUGCUUGCCCCUCGCUGCGCUCAUCGAGGGCACCAUCCUAUGUAUGCACGGCGGCCUGUCGCCGGACCUUCACAAUCUUGAGCAGCUGAGGUCGAUCGAGAGACCACUCAACGUGCCUGAUUCCGGUCUCAUAUGCGACAUACUUUGGGCGGAUCCAGAGGAGGAAGUGCGAGGCUGGGCGCCAAAUGACCGCGGGGUAUCAUGGACGUUUGGCGGGGACGUGCUCAGAGCCUUCCUGGAGCACCACAACCUAAGCCUAGUCGUACGCGCCCACCAGGUGGUUGAAGACGGUUACCAGUUUUUUGAGAAGCGGUCGCUGGUAACACUGUUUAGCGCUGCCAACUACUGUGGUGAAUUUGACAAUGCCGGGGCUGUGAUGGGCGUCAGCGAAGACCUCACUUGCUGGUUCAACAUACUACCGCCUGACCGCCGCCGCUCCUACAUAAAGAAAUGAAUACAGCUGAUCUGACAAGACAUAACUUUGUUUGUGGCUGUUGCUUGUCAAGCUGUGCUGGGCAAUGUAACAGUCAAUGCCUCCACUUGACAACUCCAGUACAACACCUGAGUGGGAAGCUGGAGUUCAUUUAUCCUCCAGGUGUUGAUUGAAUGAACAUCUGUUGAAGGGUUCUUUCUUACCAACACCCUGAAAUUUUGUUACCUUGGCUACAUUCUUAGGUAUUUUACAGUAGGAAUGCAACUCUGGUUUCGGUGGGCAUGGUUGUUAUGAAGACAGCACAUGCCACCGAUCUCCUGAGGACUAUGCCUAUAACAACUACUGGCACAGUUCUAUGAUUAGCAGUAACAUGAAGGGUCUGUAUCCUUCAUGAUAUAUUAGUUUCAAUCCUGGAGGAUAUCUACAUGUGGAGUAAACCAAAGAUUUUCUUAUAGCUGGUCAGUAAUUUAAAAGUCUUAAGGUUUUUUAAACUAUUUAUAUGAACAUUCAGGUAGGAGAGAAUAAGAAGUGUUCAACCUUUCCAAGAAUAGCAAAACAUGCUCUAAGGGCCAAGCAUAAUAGUGAAAUUUGAGCUGUGUUGUAGGAGUUCAAAUGUUCAACCUUACUAAAGGGCUCCUUGUGUACUUGUACCAAUUAUUAGUCUAGUUAGUGUUGGUCUCAUUCAAAAUUACAAUUCCCUCAAUGAUCAAACCAACUCAGUUUGCUCAAUUUGUUGUGGUGGGUACUUGUGCAUUCUGACCCAUGUUUAGUAGGUAACAGUUCACUGACUAAAAGUAUCCCUGAAUGUGUAUGAACCCUUAGGACUGCAUAAUGUGAUGACCUGUAUGAUGGUAGAUAGCAUAGAUGCCAGUCAUUGUCCACUGUGUAUUGUAUUAAAAUCCUAAAACUAGGCAAAAAAAAAAUCUUGUGCUAAAUCAUAAAUUAGAAAUUGCAUUUAUGUGGAGGGAAUAUUGUUAGUAUUCAGUAGUAAUGAGGGAGGAGUGAAAAGUAACUGAAGGAGCAAAAACGAGGGGAUGGGGCUACUGAGACAACACCUUGCAUUGACCUCCAGCCCAGUUUCCAAAGCCCCCUAAAGAUUCAACAGGCAUUGAUUAACCCCUUCAACACAAGGACACACAUGUGCCCCGUACCAUAUCCGAGGACGCACAUACUGCGUCCUGGCUCGCUUUAGUCAAUAUACGAGUUAUUUUAUCUCUAUAUUUAUGCUUACAUCUCAAAAUUAUCAAUUAAUUUAUGUUUCUUUAUGAGCACCAUUAUAUAUAUAUAUAUAUA